AUGAGGUUCGCCACGUGUGAGCUCGUAGCGGCCCCGAACUUCACAGUGAAGGGGACGAUCUACUUCAGACAGAACGCUUCCUACGACACCACAGUCAUCACAGGCACCGUAGAGGGUCUCACCGUGGGGGAACAUGGCUUCCACAUCCACGAGUUUGGGGCUAACGGGGGCCGGUGUAAGGACGCGGGCAAACACUACAACCCCGACGGGCAGCCCCACGGGGGACAGGACAGCGACCAGCGCCAUGUGGGGGACCUGGGCAACAUCAGGAGCGUCGAGCAGGGGGCGUCGACCCUCGCCAGGGUACAGCACUCCCCUCACUCCCCUGACGCCCUCGUCACCCUGUACGGGGACCGCGCUGUGCUGGGACGCGCCGUCGUCGUCCACGCCGGCAGGGACGACCUGGGCGCCUCGGGGGACGCACCUGCCGUCCUGCAGUAG